AAUAUACACAAAUAUUAUUAUAAAAUAUAUAUUAUUGUAAUAUAUAUGUAUAUAUAAUGUAUAAAUGUUAGAUGAUAAUACGGAAUCCAGUGCCAAUUAGUUUCUUCUUAGAAUGCUAUUAGUUUCUGCGGGCGAGCCAAGAGUAAAAGAUCAUAUAAAUAUUGCAAAAUUUUCAAAAAUAAGACUAUGUAUAUAUGCGCAUGCAUAAAAAAAUAAUAGAAUUUUUUAGAGGGCGACUAUGCAAGUUUUAAGUCACUCAUUAAACUGAAUAUCUCAAUAAGUUAUCAGCGCGUGAUGUUACAUAAUUGUAUUGUAUAGAUACCAUGCAUAGAAAAAUGCGUCGAGAGUGCUGUAAGCACAUUUUCCUUUUUCACACUCCUUUGACACAAUCGAAAUAUGUAUUUAAAAUCUGUAGAUCCACACGCGUCGAUUUAUGGUGAUCGCGAAUGAAAUGAUUAUUUCAGGUUUAAUCUAUUAUUGGCUCUUUACUAGGAAGUAAAUUUCAUUAAAAAAUUGUACCCUAGCCGUUGAUGCGAACACGGUGGGGUUUAAAAUAAAGUACGGGCAAGCCUUCCAAGUUGUAUAUUUAGGGCGACGCGCAAGCGCGAUCCGAUCAAAACUCCGCUGAAGUCUUACAGUUGCAGCUUCCCCGAAUUCUGCCUCGUAUAUCGCGAUUCCGACAGAUCGCGUAUAAUUGCGAACAGUAAUACCUCCCGCUCAUUAAAUUUCCGUUCACGUUUGGAAACACCAAAGUGCACGAAUUAAAAGUUCUAACAUCCGCUACGCGAGAGCCAUGCCGAGAUAAACCGCGGGCGUACGGUGACGUUUAAGAGCAAAAAUAAAGGUCUCUCGAAAUAAAAUAGAGAAAAGAAAGUACUUUAAACGUGUAAUUUGUCGAAGAGAGAGAAAAUAGACCGGUUACGUGGUGAGAGCUACCGAAAGUCGAACGUCUUCAUUCUAUCCGAUCUUACGUCAAAAGAAGCAGCAUCAUGGAUCUCGGUGGUGUAGACGUUUGGGGUCAGAUUGCCCUAGAAACCUCUCAAAUGUAUGUUUCUGAGGGUGGUGCCGCUAAAAGUCGUACUACAAUAGAGAAACUGCCAGACAAAGUUCUUCUGAACGUCUUUUGCUACCUCUCGCACCGCGAGAUAUGCAGGGUUGCUCGCGUUUGCAAACGCUGGCGACAAAUCGCGUAUGACACGCGUCUCUGGAAGCACGUGUCCCUAAGACCGGAAGUAAGCGGGCUACACGUGAGCUCUCUGGAAAAUCUGUUACAUCUAAUCAGCGUACGCUUUGGACCUUCGCUGAGAUACAUUGAAUUACCGAUCGAACUGAUCACUCAUACGGUUCUCCACGAAUUAGCCAAUAAGUGUCCGAAUCUAACGCACAUGUUGCUGGACUUUUCGACUGCGAUGCAACUGCACGACUUCUCGGAAAUGCAAGCGUUUCCUACAAAAUUGAAAUACAUGUGUAUUUGUUUGUCGGAAGUAAUCUUCAUGGAAGGCUUCAUGCGUAAGAUCUAUAACUUUAUAAAUGGUCUGGAGAUACUUCAUUUGAUCGGAACGUAUGAAAAAGUCGAAGAGGAAGAAGAAGAGAUCUACGAGGUGAUCAAUGUACACAAAUUGAAGUCGGCGACGCCGAAUUUGAGGGUGAUUAAUUUGUACGGAAUCAAUUUCGUGGAUGAUUCACAUAUCGACGCUUUUUCUUCAAAUUGUAUUCAACUGGAAUGCUUGGCUGUAAAUUAUUGUGCCAAAGUGACCGGUUCGACCAUGAAGACCCUCUUCCAAAGGAGCAGACGACUAACAUGUCUUCUUAUGCAAGGAACAAAUCUGCAGAGCGAAUACGUAAUGCAGGUCGAGUGGGAAAAAUCCAGCAUUCAGGAGCUCGACAUCAGCGCUACUGACCUAUCGACAGAAUGCCUGAUCGACAUGCUAACCAGAAUCCCUGGGCUGCGCUUUCUUAGCGCCGGUCAACUGAACAGCUUCAACGACAACGUGCUGAAGGCCUGGGCAGAGAUAGGAAUUACACGGAACUUGAUAGCGCUGGAUCUCGAUAGUUCCGAUAAUCUGACUGAUGACGCCCUGCACAAGUUCCUGUCGAGGCAUGGCCAUCAGCUGUACGGUCUCGCGCUGUCAGGCAUGCCGCACAUCACCGACCAACUGUGGCAAAGCGUACUGCCAAUUCUUACUAAUGCAAAAAUACUUGUGAUGGGCACUCAAGAGAGAUUAGGUGUUAAUAUUCACGUGGACCAAUUGAUGGAUGGAAUCGCCAAUAACUGUCCCAAUUUGGAGCGUCUUGAGUUGCGAUGGGACCCGGAAAACUUGCGAUUUUCGGACAAAAGUCAGAAAGCCAUCGAUAUACUCCGUGUAAAGUGUAUCAAGAUGAAAUGUUUGAGCCUAAGCGACGGAAGAUACUACGAAAUCGUCAAAGCGAACUUCGAGCGGGCCGAUAGGCUGACAGUUGUGAGGACGAUAACUUGUUGCAGAGUGUCAAAUUAUUAUCUAUUGCAAAAUUAUAAGGAUCUAAUUUUCAAUUGAGGCACGGAGAUGAUAGGUUUUCAGAUUGCUUGAAGUGUGAUGAGUGUUACCACGAUUCUUGACACGAAAAAGUGCCUAAAAAUAAAACUACGAGAUAAUAUAUUUAUAUACAAUCUUUACGACAGUAUUAAAACAUAGAUUAGCGCGCGACGAAGAAAUGAAAAUUCAUAGAAAACAUAUUCAUUGUAUUAUAAAAUAAAUUGUAAUUUAAUAUCGCAGA